AUGGAUCUCGAAGACAAUGCUUUAGGUUUGACAUCCGAACAAACUGAUAAAAUAUUACAAUUUCAAGAUUUAACUGGAAUAGAAGAUAUGUCGAUAUGCCGAGAUGUUUUACAAAGGCACCAAUGGGAUUUAGAGGUAGCCAUUCAAGAGCAAUUAAAUAUAAGGGAAGGACGACCAUCUGUAUUUGCUACAGAAGCAAGGGCACCUCCAGUUGUCCAUGAUCAUAUAUCACAACAAGUGUUCACAGACGAACAACCAGAAGGCCCUGGUGGUAUCCGGGGGCUUUUCCGUUAUGUUGUAAACUUAGUUGUAUCAAUGUGCUAUAGUACAAUAUCAUCAGUCUUAAAUUUACUAUUAAGUUUCAUUAGAAAUGAUGAUAGAAGACUUGUGACAGAUCCAUUGGGUGAUGUUAUGGGUUUCAUAAAUAAUUAUACAUCAAGGUUUAAUCCACACCCAGUGUUCUAUCAGGGCACAUAUGCACAGGCACUAAAUGAUGCCAAAAAUGAACUAAGAUUCCUUAUUGUGUAUUUACACUCGGAAUCUACAAGUGAAACACAAAAUUUUUGCAGGACUACCCUCGCAGAUCCAGAGGUGAUCCAAUAUAUAAAUACGCACGCUCUGUUUUGGGGCUGCUCUGUGGACAGUUCAGAGGGUUGGAGGGUAGCGCAAUCAGUGGGAGGGCGACGUUAUCCUUUGCUAUGUGUAGUGUGUAUGCGGGAGCAUCGCAUGACCGUGGUGGCAAGGAGUGAGGGUGCAUGCUCACCACAACAGUUGCUGCAAAGGCUUCGUAGGGUAGUUGGUGACAAUGAACCACAUUUAGCCGCCGCUCGUGCUGAUAGAGUGGAGCGCGAAGUGACGGCACGUCUUCGCGCAGCACAAGAUGAAGCUUACGCAGAGUCAUUAGCGGCGGAUCAGGAGAAAGAAAGACGCCGAGCAGCUGCUAGAGAAGCCGUAGCACAGCAGGAGUAUGAGGAUCUACAACGUCGACAGGAGGAAGAGAGGCACAAACAAGAGUUGGUUGAAGCGCGGGCAGCGAUGGCCGCUCGGUUGCCGUGCGAGCCGGAACCAGGCAACGAUACUGUAGCGCUUCUUAUUCGCCUGCCCGACGGGGAACGUCUCACUCGACGCUUCUCUCUAAGAAAUACUACACAGGAUUUGUACGACUUUGUGUUCAGCCAUCCUCAGUCGCCCGAAGAAUUUGAGAUAACAACGAAUUUCCCCAAACGCGUGGUGGCGCGGGGUACAUCAAAUUUACAUGAGGUCGGACUUAAGAAUCGCGACGUGUUGUUCGUAAAUGACAUUAAUGCAUAG